AUGUACUCGAUGCAGCUGCACAACAUGACCAUCUUGGACUACUGGUUCAUGUUCCACUACCUGCACUCACAAGAUGGUCCCGCAGCGUCCUCGUGGUACAUCAACUACUGCGGCCCUAACACAAGUGUCCCACAUUCGGCCGCGACGCACUACGCGGUGAGUGACAGCUACGGCUACCACCCGGUAGCUCUGCACGCCGACCCACUCAUAGAUGUCCUCCGGGAUCCAUGUCAUAAAUCGUACCCAAGCUCUAGUACAUUGUUGGGCCGUCCGGCAUCGAGCUCGACGAUGUCAGACGCGAAGCAGCGCGUGGCGCCGCCGCUAACGCCUGCUGUCGCCGAUCUCCGCAUCCAUCUUGGAUUCACUCGUCCUGGAGGCAGGCGCCCCAAUUCUAUUCCCGUUGGGCAUUGGUGGUCGGACGACAGCAUUUCUGUAACUUGUGCUAUCGGGAGAUGUCUUGGCGUGCUGUUCCAAGAUCCUGGAUACACCAGGUUAAAUUAUAUUGAUCCACUGUAUGAUACACAGCGAGCCACCCACAAGAGUCCACCCGAACCAAGCCGUGGAUGUCCGAUGUCCUCGAGCUCCGUUCUCCACAGAGACAACAUCCACAGAAUUGUACCCGGCCCGGGCGGAAAUGGCCCUGGUGAUUGGUCACUUCUGCUACUGCGAACCAAUGAUCAUCGAGCAGGGUCUCUGUUGACACCUCGAUCAAAUCGAUCGCAGGUGGAGCCCGGCAUUGAAGAGAUCGGGCCUCCCUAA